UUUAGGUUGGUAUAGGCAAUGCUCUCUCAUCCCAUAUGUUUACGAUAUUGAUUUCGCAGCGUGGAUAAGAGAUUUCGAUACGUCCCUAAUUGAUCAGCUAACGAAAAGCUCAGUUCUUCAUGCAGUCUAUGGCACGCCAGAAAAUUCAUUUCAAUUCGUCCUGAUGAAUAAACGUUUGAAAGUGAAUUUAUUUUUCACGUAUGAAGAACAGAGUUAUUUCUGGUAUGGAAAACACACAAUAGAAGAUGGUUACAGUUUCAAGUACGUUUACCCAAAAUUCACAUUAUGCUCGGCAGAAUUAGUAUACGAGAAGGUUCUUGUUCCUUGUAAUACCGAAUUAAUCGUGGCUACAGAGUAUGGAAAAAAUUGGAUGAUUCCUGAACCUAAAGGGCAUUCCCCUUUAAACAUAAAGGAUAAGAAAUUUUGGACUGUCGAACAACGAAUUAAUGCAUUUCUUCCGAAACUUGAACAUUAGAUUAAUGAUUUUUUUUUUAACAAUUUUAAUUUAUACAAAUACCGAUAUAUCGAUAGAUAUUUUAUAAAUGUAUUCAAAUUAUUUAUUUAUUUUUAGGAAAUCCUGUAGAAUUUAAAUAGAGAUAACUAACAAUAUAAGAACAUGUAAAAUGG